ACUUCUUCCAUGAAAUUGAAAACUCACUUCUCUUCCUUCAAUUGUGACGUUCCCAAUUCCAAUUUCUUCUUCUUCUCAAAAAUUAUCAGUGAUCGAUCAAUCUCUCCGUAUCUUCUUCUCGAUUUCAACUCUUAUCAUCCAUGGUGAAUGCAACAAAGGGCGUGUUUAUUUCCUGUGACAUACCUAUGGCUCAAUAUAUCAUUAAUAUGAAUGCUUCAAUGCCUGCAUGUGACAAGUUCAUAAUUCAUAUCUUGGAUAGUACUCACAUGUUUGUUCAACCCCAUGUCGAGCUUAUGAUUCGAAGUCAAAUUUCAAAGUUUAGAGAGGACAACACAUAUGUCAAGCCUUCUUGAUUCAAUCUGCCGACAUUAUAUUUCUCGUAUUUCAGUUUCAUCUUAGGAAUAUAUGUCAUUUUAGCUAUUAAUUAUUUGUGAGAAUUUUCCAUUUGAUAAGUUGCUUAGACAUAUAAUCCAGCUAUCUUGAUUAUAUUGAUGAAGAACUGGUGUAUAACAAACAUGGCCAAGUUGCUAAAUAAGCAUUAUAUUUUGUGAAUUUUUCCGGCUGUUAAA